AAAAAUUGUUUGUAUCGUACGUUUUCUAGCAGUUUUGGCAACUUUGCGAUAUAUGGUUUCAAUUUGUGUAAAAUAUGGUAAUAGAAGAUCUAGAGAUUCGAACUAUAAAAGUAUAAAUCAAAAUAAUAUUAUUAUUAUUUCGGAUCGACGAUAUUAUGGGUAUUUAUAAACUGUGCGCGGGUCACGGCGGCUGCGAAAGAUAACAGGUUUCAAUCUAUGGUGAGGUACCGCUGCUCAUGCGCGCGGUGUGGGGAACGAGGACGGUUUAAAACACUGCCGCUAUAGUCGCGACAGCAGCACCGGACGGCUGUAAUUUCAUCGUUCUUUUACUAAAAACGGCAAAAACAUGCUUGCGUAGUUCCAAUAGUACUCAGUCCUCAUUGAUCGUAGAAACAUUUUUUUUUCACAACAAUAAAAUUGGUAAGUUUAUCUGUGUUUUCACAGAAGCAUAUUUUAAUAGCACAAUUUCUAAGAGAUAUAUUUGCUAUUAAAAAUUUCAAGUUAAUGGAUUUUUAGAACUAUAUAUACACUUGUAGAAUGAAAAUAUUUAAAAACGGCUCUGAGAAAACAUAGAGAAUGUUGUCAUCUUUAAUUUUGUACCAAAAUGUUCAGCCUAAGUCUAUUAGAAGCGAAGUACCAUUGGAAAUGCCAGAACAUGUUUAAGCGCUUGAAUAUUGUUACUGUUGCGCCCUCUUAAAUAGUUGUCAAAAGAUAAACAAAUUUGUAUUAUUCUAUAAAACAUCUUUAUAUAUUUUUUUUUUUAAAUUAGAAGGAUGACUAUUCCAAAUAAUGUAGAACCAAAUGUUCGGAAUCCAAUUAUUCCAUAUGAAACCUUUCGACGUAUGGCAUUUUCAUUCGCGUACGAUGAACAGGAAAUAUUAGAUUUAUUCAAGUUAAAUAAUUCUAAUUUUAUACUUAAAGAAAUUUAUCUAAGUAUAAGCCUGGGAUCAAUAGCAAAACACUAUUGUUCAUUGUUUUGUCUACGCAUUGAUAAUGAGAACAACAAUUAUCAAAUCAAUUUGAUGGGAUUUCACCGUCAAUUUCAGACUAUUAUAGGUCUCCAAACAUAUAGCCAAUUUAGUCGAUGUGUGAAAUGUCGUAAAUAUUUGACUAUUAUUAGUUUUGUAUUAUAUUUAAUAUAUAUAAUGACGAUUUGACGUCUCAGCAUUUCUCAGACGGGUAGCUUACUCAGCUCAAGAGGAUACUGCGAUGAGCAAAUAGGCCCCAUACCAAUGGGUAAAUUUAUUGUUUUUCAUUCUUUACAAUUAUAAUAAUCAAAAUAUUUAAAAUUAGACAACCAAUUAGACCAAAACAUGGGACAAUUGGUAAUGAUGCCUCUUCAACCACCACCACCUUUACCGGGACGCAUAGGUAAUCAAGUCAGAAGGCCAAGAGGUGUAGUAAGGGAUAUGGGAUUACAACCCAGAGGUAUAGCUAUUAACAAAUAAAUUGUAAGUAAGAAUAACAAGAAUAGUUUUUAAAAAAAUAUUAUUUUUAAUUUGUAUGCAUCAUAAUUUAGUAAGAUUUCAACCAGCGGAGGAAAUUGAAGGUAGUACAUUAAUGUCUAAAAAAUGAAAAAAAUAGUAUACAAAUAUAUAAACAUAUUUUAUGUACGCCUAUCACUUUAUAGGUAUAGAAGAAAAUAUUGAAUUUGUGAAGAUAAGUGAAAAUAUAGUCAGAGAAGAGAGUGAAAAUGCUGAAAUUUUGGUGGUGGCAAUACCACAAAUGCCAGGUGAAGAAUACGAUCGUUGCUUUGUGUGUCUUAGUGGUAGGAAUGAAGACAUUGGAUCGGUCAACAUUCUUUUGCCAUGCGGCCAUGGAUGGUGUUGUGAUAAUUGUGGUCAACAACAAACCAACUGUAGAAUUUGCAAGACACCAAUAGACGACACCUUCAGUAUACACAUAAUGAUAGGAAAUGGCCAAUGGAUGAAUAAUUUGAACAGUUUAUUGGACCCAACAGGCAGCAACUGCCUUUGUUGUUUGAGGGCCUUUAGAGAAGAUGUACCCAAUGGCAAACGGUAUGUGUACCAAAGUUGUGGCCAUGGUUGGAGAUGUGAAGAUUGUGCUAUCCCUCGUCCAAACAACUGUGAAGUUUGUGAUGACACCGUUGAUGAUGACAUCCAAAUAUUUAUUUGUUAAAAUUAUAAAUUAUACAAAUAUUCUUGUUACUAAUUUGGAGUUGCAUACUAAUAUAAA